CCUCGCCAUUCGAUUCGAUGCCCGAGCCGCCAUCUUGAAUAUAUCAACCCGCCCAAUCAUCGAAUGCUACCCUCCUUGAUCCACCCCUAAAGCAAAUGCUGCGCCUGCCCGCGCUCUUCCGCCUGCCCUCCAAGCUACGGCGGCGGGCCCGGCGCCGGAGGAUGACUACCCUGGUCUCCCUGAUUGUCAUCCUAAGUCUGUUUCUGCUGCCCUUCUACGUCGUCUAUAAGCCUCCGCGGGCCCUAAUCCGGUACUUUUCGCGGCGAUGGCCCGACGUGCUGUGGGAGGUUCCCACGGACCAGAAAGUCGUGGCCCUGACCAUCGAUGACGCCCCGUCGGAGCACACGCAGGAAAUCCUCGCCGUGCUCAACGGCCACGAGGCCACGGCUACCUUCUUCGUUAUCGGCGGCCAGGUGCCCGGCCGCGAGGAGAUGCUGGCGGAUAUCGUGCGCAGCGGCAGCGAGCUGGGCAACCACGCUAUGCACGACGAGCCGUCGCGCGCGCUGUCGGACGAGGAGUUGACGACGCAGAUCGAGACGGUGCGCGAGCGUAUCCGCGCUGCGUACGCGACAGCUAAUAGCGUCGAGAACCCCAAGAUGCCGCCUCAGUACUUCCGGCCCGGGUCGGGCUUCUUCAGCGACCGCAUGCGCGCACUGGUCGACAAGCUCGGGUAUCGCAUCGUGCUUGGCAGCGUGUACCCGCACGAUGCGCAGAUCAGCUGGUCCUGGCUCAACGCGCGCCAUAUCCUGAGCAUGGUGCGCCCCGGUGCUGUGAUCAUAUGCCACGACCGUCGUGGCUGGACGGCGCCGAUGCUGCGGAAGGUGUUGAAGAAGCUGAGGAAAGACGGGUACCGCGUUGUUAGCCUGACGGAGAUGCUCGACAUAACGGGGCAGCGCUGAGCUUCUCGCGGCGGCAACGGUAUUAACAACGCAACUAGUGCAUCGUCGUUGGCGACGAAUGUAUACCAUUAUAGACGUGGGAGGAAAAGACAAGGUCCCUAUGAUUACGCCCCGUCUACAUCCAGCAGAGCUUGCUUCAUCUCCAAAUGGCACUCUGCCACUUCGCUGCGCUACCCGGCGCCGUAUACUAAAAUAUAGGCUACUUGAGGUUAGGGUAGACAGGACCGCCCCAACAUUUUCUAUACAUGAAUGAUAAUGGCGUACGAGCCGGCGUACAGGGCAGGCCUACAUACAAAACUACAUGCAAGAAGAAAGGCCGACCCAAGUGUGUGUACCAAUAGGAGGCGUCGUAUAUAAACCCAUACCGAAUCUUUAUUCACAAAUUAGACGCUCCGAGAAGAGCUGGUGUCGGGAUUAAGGCUUAUUGGUCUGGCUUAGAAGGAAUAGGGUAUUACUCAGAGCUUGUAGAAUAGGGAAUAGGGUAUGAAUAACGAAGAGUCAGGUUGUUAUUAUAGCGAGUGAGCUUUAAGGCUGGGGAU